AUGGCGCCAUCAGGUGGUACCUCUAGGGACGAUGCUUCCCGUGCUGGGCUUCUCCGCACCAGCAACAGCAACAGCACCAUCAACAGCAGCGGGCGCGGCGGCAAUAACAUCAAGGCAGCAGCAAUGGCCGGGACGAUGAACUACCACACCAUCAACAACAACAACAACCGCUACGAUAGUCACAGUCCCCGAUCAUCAGCAGACCUGACCUACCUCGAUCCCGAGCCCUUGGCAUACGACUCCGACGACAACGGUAGCAUGGGUUCACCCAUCUUGGAGUCCCAGCAAGGAGACCAAGGCGAUGGACACGCAGCCGACCUCCUAACAACGACCGAAUCCCGCUCUCUCACCCGCGGCCUCGCCCAGCGCCACCUCUCCAUGCUCGGCAUCGCCGGCUCCAUCGGCACCGGCCUCUUCCUCGGCUUGGGGGGCGCCGUCGCCCGCGGCGGUCCAUUGGGAGCAUUGCUAGGGUACUUCAUCAUCGGCCUAAUCGUGUGCGCCGUCCAGUUCGCUUUGGGCGAAGUCGCCUCCCUUCUCCCGGUAACAGGCAGCUUCGUACGACACGCCGAGUUCCUGGUCGAUCCAGCUUGGGGCUUUGCUAUAGGUUGGAACCUGGUGUAUGGCAAUGUUUUGUCUAUACCGAGUGAGAUCACGGCGAUCUGCGUGUUGUUUGAGUACUGGACCGAGGGAAAGGUGAAUCCGGCGGUGUUCAUUGUCUUUUUUAUCGUGGUGACGGUGGGCGUGGGGAUGGCGCUGGUGAGGGUGUUUGGGGAGGUGGAGUUUGUGUUUGCCAUGCUGAAGGUGGUGCUGGUCGUUUUCCUGAUUGUGCUGGGACUGGUUAUUGAUUUGGGCGGGAUCCCGGGGACGGAAAGGAUAGGGUUUAGAUAUUGGAAGAGUCCGGGGCCGUUUGUGGAGUAUAUCGCUACGGGCGAUUGGGGGAAGUUUCUUGGCUUUUGGUCGGUUAUGACGGGCGCGGUGUUCAGCUUCGCGGGCGUGGAGAGUCUGGCGAUGGCGGCGGCCGAGACGAGGAACCCUAGGAAGGCGAUACCCAGGGCUUGCAAGCGCGUGUUUGCGAGAGUGGUGUUGUUUUAUAUGCUGGCCGUGCUGGUGGUGGGUAUGCUUGUGGCGAGCGAUGAUCCGAGGCUGGAUGGUAGCGGGGAUAGCGUUGCGCAGAGCCCGUUUGUGAUUGCGGCUUCGGCGGCGGGUAUCAAGGCGAUUCCGUCGGUGGUUAAUGCCAUUGUCAUCACUUCGGCGUGGUCGGCGUCUAACCAGAGCUUGUUGGCCGGCACGAGGGUGUUGUAUGGGUUGGCACUGAAGGGACAGGCGCCCAAGAUCUUCCUGCGGACUACGUCGUGGGGGACGCCGUACAUGUGUGUGCUCCUGUUUGGAGGGUUCAUGUCGCUCAGCUUUAUGAGCCUGUCGGAGCGCGCUAUUAACGUGUUCUGGUGGCUGGUACGCCUGACCUCGGCGGGAGUGUUGGUGUCGUGGUCAUCCAUCUUGUUGAAUCACAUUCGCUUGAGAAAGGCGAUGGACAGGCAAGGCAUCGCGUAUACUAGGCUGCCAUGGUCUAGCUGGUGGACUGUCUACAGCUCACCAGUAGCGCUCUUCAUGUGCAUCGUCAUUCUCCUGACAGGAGGCUUCAGCGUCUUUACCAAGGGUAACUGGGAUGCCGCCACGUUUGUCUCUUCUUACUUGGACAUCCCAAUUGUCCUCAUUGCCUACCUGGCAUGGAAAUUUUACAAGAAGACCAAGGUUGUAUCACUAGACGACAUACCACUCGAUAUUGCUUUCGAGCAAGCCGAAGAGGCCAUUUUCGAAGAACCAGAAGAAGGCAAGACAAAAGGAUGGGUGCGAGCUGUUAGUUGGAUAUGGGAUUAG